AUGCUGGAAUUCCCACCUAUCCCUUUCCUAGACCCAGAACGAGUCGUCGUCGGUAGGACAGAAGCCAGCCAGACGCGCUCGCCGCGCAUCACGGAGCACCCGAGCGACGCGCUGGUGGCCCGCAACGAGCCGCUGACGCUCAACUGCAAGGCGGACGGGCGGCCGCCGCCGGCCGUCACGUGGUUCAAGGACGGCGAGCCGGUGCGCACGUCGCCCGCCGACGCCAAGUCGCACCGCGUGCUGCUGCCCGCCGGCUCGCUCUUCUUCCUGCGCGUCAAGAAGGAGACCGACGCCGGCGUCUACUGGUGCGUCGCGCGCAACGUCGCCGGCGUCGCCACCUCCCGCAACGCCACCCUCUCCGUAGCCGGUAAGUAACUGCAGUUACCACUUCCUGCCAGACGUUCCUCCUGGAGCAUGUAAGUUCUAUCUUACAGACAGAUAUACUUAUUUGCUUGAGCUGACUGAAUCAUUUUAUGAAGUCUGACAACGAUGAGUG